ACCACUUCCCGCUCUAUGUAAUGUUCAGUAAUCCUUAUAAUUUUAUACGGACAAAGUUCCGGUAGUUCAGUGAGUGUGCUCUUUUCAAACAUGGGGAGGUUAUUUUUUUGAAAUAAUAUGUUGGAACUAGAAAGCCGGGGUGUCGUUGUGUCGUUAAGUGUGCUGAGUGGGUGUAUAUUAUUAUACAACGCCUGGGGUCCUAUUCUCGCGGUAAUUGUUUCGUUAUUUCUAGUGAUUUAUGCGUGCUAUUCUUUGAUCACCAACGAUAGCUUGCUAUCGCCGCAUGCAUUUAUAUUUUUUGAAUAUUUCAAAGGAGCCGUUAUCGAAUUAAAAGAUACCUUAGGCCGAGCUAUUGUUUAUGUAGUAAGACAGUUAACGCAUCUUUGGAAUAAGAUUAAAAACGUUUAUCGCGAACGUUUCUCAGUCAGAAUGGAACGUCGUCGAAUAAGUAGAUAUCAGCUUAGCAGUGACACUACUUUUAAUAGUAGAAAUACACCAAGAUUCAGUCUUAUUCCACAAUUAAGCCCAAUAUCUCGGACUGCUCAUAAAAAUACUUCAAAUAUCUCGAAUAUCUCGGAAAAUAAAUUUAAUCACGAUAACGAAUAUCAAUCAUUUAAUCAAAACAAUAUUUACAAUAAAUAUACUUCGACACCCUUAUCUCAAUACAAAAAGGAUGACAUGCAUAAUAUAGAUGCUAGAUAUAAGACAAAUUGGUCAUCGCCAAAGAAAACAUCGCCCAUGUUUAAUCAGAAUCAUACAUUAACACGAGGCGAAAAUAGUACGUUGUUUUCACCAGACGGAUCACCAUGGGGUACAAGUAUAAGUCCCAAAAUGAGAUCAAAAGCUGGUGGAGUAAAAACCGUACAGACAGUUGCAGGCCCAUUGUUAGCUUCAACAAGAUAUAACAUUGAUCCCAAGACAUAUACAGAUGUAACAUCACCAGGAUUAACUAUAAGAUUAACUAAAUAUGCUGCUGAAGCUAAUAAUAAAUUGACCCAUCAGUCACAGUAUGGCACUGGUCAGUUUCCAAAAGUUAAUCUUCAUGCAAGUCCUAUUCCUUUGAUUAAUGCAAAAUCUGCAAAAAUAAGAGGACCUGUUACAGUUAGAAUUGCACCACCAGAAACUACAAGAUAUUCUCCUCCAGAAAGGCAGAAAGUCUUGUCUGGUAUAUGUCAGUCAGAAAAUAAAUCACCAUCGAGUGUUGCACAGGUCCUAAGGGAAAUAUCAUUGAAAAGGCAUGCAUCCAAAGAAGAUGUUACGUCUGAUUUAGUAAAGAAGCAAAGAACAGAUGGUAUAUUUGUGAAUGAAGUAGAAAAUUUUGAAGAAACAAAACAGAAGAGAGGUAGAGAUGAAUCAUCCAAAUCUGAAGAAGAUAAUUCACCUCCGGAUAAAAAUCUUAGACCUACAAAACGUAGUAAAACACCAUCCUGCUAUGAUAUAUUAUGUUCACUAAGUUCAAGUAUUCAUGUUGCUACUGGUAUCAAAAGAAAAGCUGUUGACUGUUCCCGCAGCGGAACAUCCGAUUUUGAAAAACAUUUUAAAUCCUUGGAGCAUAUACAAAAUGGAGAUUCACGAACACUAGCACAAGUGCAAAAUAUAAAUGCAAAUGAUAGUACACCAGCUGUGAAUAAGAAACUGUCUACAAACUCGAAUUUAUCGAAGUCCCUUAAUAAAACGCAAGAACAAUCUCCUAUUAAAGGAAUUCUUAAAAAUUCAAGAAACACAAUGAAUUCUAAUGAUACUGAAACAAUUUCUGCUAAUGAAGAAAACAUGAGAUCUGAAUAUAAGGAUAAUGAAACUUCUAUAGCGGCAACAAAAUUCACGGAUAAACUUUUUAUGAGAGCAGAACCGCAAAGAAAUGAAAAGUUAAGAUCACUCGUUGAAGAACAAGGAAACAUAAUAGAGACAAAGUUUACUACCGACGAUGCUGAAGAAAUUAAGAAAAAAGAUAUAGUGAACAUGAGACAAACUAGUAUGCGAGCAAGAUUACAGAGUAUGUUUGAUGCCAUAUCUGGUAAAGCAGCAAGCAGAAUUAAUCCUGAUGUUGUGAUUCAGGCAGAAGAAAUUGGUGAGGUUACUCCUGCAAUUUCUUCCUCUGCAGAUUGUGCAACGCUCAAUUCUGUAACAACUACAACUAAUGUUAAUACGACACCUAUUACUACAUCUGCUAUAGUGCCAGCACUUACAUCACCCAAAAGUAAUAUAAAAACGGUCAAACAUAUAACAUUUAAUUUACCAAAUACAGAAAAUGUGUCUGGUACUAAUCAGCAGAUUACAAGUAAUUCAGUAUCAGAUGAAAAGAAUAAGUUGAUCAUUAAUUCUGAUUUAUCCAAUUGUAAGACUGAUAUUACACAAGCAACAUCAUCAGUAUGUACUAAUGUGACAUUAGCUACAAAUGCACUUCCUAUAAUUUCCAAUUCAGUUACAUCAACCUUCGUUUCUGGCAAAUCGUUAACAAAUACAUUACCAACUGUAGCAUCAGCUACACCACUAGUUGUACCAUCAGUUGCCUCAAAUGGAAUAUUAAAAUCCAAUACUUCUAUGUUAAAUACUUCUUUAAGUUCUACAAGUGUAGCAUCAACCGUUAUAUUAUCAAUACCUUCUACUUCCAAUAAUCUUUUUACAAAUAAGAAUACUAUAUCUAAUAUCACGACUAGUAUUUCAAAUUCUGAUCAAACCAAUAUCAAAUCUAACAUUGGGAAUUCCAUCUUACAUAAUGUAAGUAAUACAGGAUCCACAAUGAACACUGAAAGCCCUAAAUUUACAUUUGGCAACAUUGUCAAUACAACUGCAUCGACACAAGUAAAUAUUGGCUCUGCUCAAAAUGUAACUACAAGUAGCUUAAAUUUUACAACUGAAACAAAAAAUGUAAUGUUACCAAUGUCGACUGUAACUCCUACAGUUACUAAUGUUAUUACUACUGCUACUACUGCUACUACAGUUGCUUCUAGUGUUGCUUCAGUUUUUAAAAGUAUUACAGAUAAUGCUACAAAUACUACCAAUAAAAAUUCGAUGACAUCUACAGCAACUACAACAAUUCCAUUCAUAUUUGGAAGUAAUAACGUACAGACAUCGAAAACUGAAGGUGGUUUAUUUAAUACAACUACAAGUAAUGUUCCAAUAACAUUUAGGAUGUCUGUAAUUACUCAAAGUAAUCCAAUAGCUAGUAAUGCAUCCAUAAUCACAAAUAAUACUUCUGCACCAAGUAAUCCAAUGUUAAAUUUGACAAAUGGUACAUUUAGUGGAAAUGUAUCUAGUGGAUCUACGACAUUUACGUUAAGUACCGCAACACCUAUUUUUUCAUUUGGGACAUCGAAUGCAUCAACAUCAGAAAAUAAAUCAGCAUUUACCUAUAAUGCUAAUGCACUAGGAAGUUCUAGUGGUUUGUUGCCAUCAACUAAUACACCAGUUGCUUCUACAACAAGUAAUAAUACAACCUCUGGAUUUAAUGUACCAGCUGCUACUACAACUUCACAAUUUUCUACAACAACUACAUCUAUAUUUAAUACAACAUCAACUGCAGCUACGUUUCGAACAACAACUAGUGAGCCAGUAUUUGGUCAAGCAAUUGCUGCUCCUCUUUUUGGUAAUUCACCAAAAUCUCCUUUUGUACCAAUUCAACCUACAAAAUCAUCUAUUGAAUUUGGUACAAAUAACAACACGAACAACAACAACAACAACAACACUUUUAAAGAAGAAAAACCUGCUUUUGGCACAAAUACAAAUACUGUGUUUGGAAGUUCUAGUACACCAUUAUUUAGUUCACAAACUACAGCAGCACCUACAUUUGGUUCUCCUAGUGUCUCAACCAGUGCUCUCAAUUUUGGUAGUACAAAUACAACGACUGCUGUAUUUGGAGCACAAAAUUUAAAUGCACCAGGAAAUGUUCAAACUUCAACAUCACAUAGUUUUGGUACACCAAGUCCUAUGUUUGGAAAUCAGAAUAAUCCAGCACCUCUCUUUGGAUCAACGACUACAACUCCAGUUGGAACUUUUAAUAAUACUCCUAUGCAAAAUACCUUUGGCAGCCAAAAUUCAACUACUAUGUCGUUUGGCGCUACAAAUAAUUCUAAUGCAUUUGGUGAUAAUAAAACAUUACCAUUUGGAAUUCAAACUACAGUUGCACCUGUUUUUGGAACAAAUAAGAACAAUACAAAUAGUAUUUUUACAUUUGGUGGAAAUCAAGAUCAACAACAGCAAAGCACGUUUUCAUUUGGUAAUAAUAAUACUUCUAAUAACAAUGUAUCAACUACUGGAUCCGUCCCAUUCCAAUUUGGUGCGAGCACUUCUAAGCCAGUUACAGGAUUUAAUUUCACUCCACGAACAACAACACCAUCGAUUAAUUUUGGAACAUCAGGUACACCCUCAUUUAAUGCUCCAACUCCUGGGAUGUUUAGCAUUGGUAGUGGUUCUACUGCACCGCGAUCAAGAACCGUUAGAGGUAGAAAACCAAGAUGAUGCAGAAUGUAAAAAUCAUGUAACUCGUAAAGUAUAUUUUCAUCAAGAUACAUCGAUAUCUAAUUACUUCAGCAUUCAAAUGACAAUUGGAGCAGAAAUAUAUAUAUAUAUAUUACAAUUAUUAUUUAAUAUUUCUAUUGGAAUAAAGGGGUGAGUCGAAUGCUUCUGUGAAAAUAAUAAGUAUGUUUACUAAUGGGUUCUUGUUAUUAUUUCAAAAUGUUAUCAAUCAUUAUUAAAUGUAUUUGUCCUUUGUACAUACAUAAGUAUAUAUAAAAUGAUAUGACAAAACAGUAGAGAGAUAUACUGAUAUUUAAAAAUUUGCUUAAAUUAUAAGGUAAAUCAUUUUUCUUUCUUUUUAUUAUUUUUCUCUCUCUCUUUUUUUUUCCUUUUUUUUUACAUAUAAGACCACAGAAUUUAUACAUACAUAAUAUAUAUGACAAAAAGAUACUUAAACUCCAUUGAGAAAUAUCUGUAAUAUAAAAAAAACUUUUUUUGUUUUUGUUUUAUGAAGUUUUCCAAUCUGGAUAUUUACAACAUAAAAUGCUAUUUUCCCAAUUUUUUUCCAGAUUUUUUUUUUUUUUUUUUUUUUUUUUUUUUUUUUUAUAUAAGACAUAUUUUCUUGAUUCUUUAUUAUCUAGUAUUGAAUAACCAAGCUAAAAUCAUUGCUAUUAUUUUAAAAAAAAAAAAAAAAAAAAAAAAAAAAAAAAAAAAGAAAAAACUCUGAAUUAUUAUGAUAAUAGAACGUAACGCUAUAGUUUUAGUAUUAAGUUACAACGUUGUUAUCACCAAAUUCCAAAUAAAUUUAAUAAAUGGUAUUUAGCUAGGAGAUAACAUGUAAAUGAAUCUAUUAGAUACUAAUUGUACUUGUUAUUUAAUAUAACAGAGUGUUCGGUUGCCCUUACCGAUAUAAUGAUGAAUGUAUUAUUUUUAUUAUGAUUUUUAAGUUAUUAAUAUUUUUAAUGUAUCUCUACUACAAUGAAAAUAAUAUCUAGGUCGUUGAAGGUCUGUUUCUCUAGAAACGAAACGAAACUAAGAUAACGGGCCUUUUUAUAAAUUCACUUAAUCAUGAUAUUUAUCUAUACAGUGCUUGAAGCGAUGUAUGACUGUAAUUAAGAUAACAUAUACUUGUACAGAGUUGUCAGUUACAAAUGAUUUUUAGAAAGUGAAAAUGUUCUUGUCGGGAUUGUAGCGAUCUAAAAGAUCAUUUAUCCGAAAGAAUUAAAAUGAUAUUUGAUUGCAAAAAAAAAAAAAAAAAAAAAAAAAAAAAAAAAAAAAAAAAAAAACAAAAUAAAUAUAAAACGCAUAUGUAUACAUAUACGCGAAUCAUCGUAGCAAAUUAAAACUUUAAAGUAAGACUUUAGUAAUACGACUAUUAAAUAUAAUUGAAAAAUAUAAAUUAAAUAUAUAACUAUAUAAUGAAAAAUAAAUUAUUUUCAUAUUACUCACAUAUACACGUAUACAUACUAGCUCGUUCGCGCGCGCGCGCGCGCGGAUCACACACAGACACACCUACAAACCUUACUUAUUGUUUCUAACAUGGUCAUCGUCGUUUCUAGAAUCUUCAUUUUUUUUUUUUCUUUCCUUUUUACGAUAUUUCUAAUAUCUGAUUUCUCAUAAAUAUAAUAAUGAUCGUCUUAUCAAUAUUGCUUUUUGUCGAUAUCGAUCGAGUUUGAAAGUCGAUCAUGACGAAAAUAUAAAAUAACGAUUGAAAAAUCGUGUCGGGAAGUACAUUAAAAAAAAAAAAAAAAAAAAAAAAAAAAAAAAAAAAAAAAAAAAAAAAAUAGAAAAAGAAAAAGGAAAAGAACGAUAAAGAAAAAUUCUAUGGAACAAUACUCAUGGUUUUUGUUAUUGAAACAAUCGUAGAAGCAUUAUAGGGGGAUAAAUACGGUAGAUGCGGCUCGAUGCAUAUCGCGGUGCGGUUCAACGCUUCUUUGCACGCGAGAAGGCGGCGCGUGAGCGGCGCGUAGGCUAUGCACUAUAGAAGUUGAACGGUGAUUGGUCAACGUCAGACGAUGCUAGAACGACGAACCAAUAGGAGAGAUCGUUAGACGGCAACGUCGUUUGUCCGGUCGCCUGGAGGCGCAGCCAUGUUGGGAACAUUAGAAGGGAACCAACACCACAACCAGAAAGACGGGAACAUCUAGGUUCGGCAGCGGCGUGUCUUAACACCUUAACACCACCACCAUGGCUGACCCGGAGAAA